CAAUUAGCCAUUGGCCAGCACAGCAGUGUAUAGGCAUAGCUACGUACGUGGGAAGUGGGAACGAUGGCACUCAUCAUGCAGGAGAGUAGUAGCCAUGAUUUGCUCCAAGCUCACGACGAGCUCUUGCACCAUUCCCUGUGCUUCGCCAAAUCGCUCGCGCUCGCCGUGGCGCUGGACCUCCGCAUCCCCGACGCGAUCCACCACCACGGCGCCGGCGGCGCCACCCUUCUCCAGAUCCUCGCCGAGACUGCGCUCCACCCAAGCAAGCUUCGCGCCCUUCGCCGCCUCAUGCGCGUGCUCACCGUCACGGGCAUCUUCAGCGUCGAGCAACCACCAGCAGGUGGUGGUGAUAAUUCAACCGUCCACACGUCGGACGACGAAGCUGUCGUCGUCUACAGGUUGACGGCAGCCUCCCGCUUCCUCGUCAGCGACGAGGUGAGCACGGCGACCUUGGCUCCCUUUGUGAGUCUGGCGCUCCAGCCUAUCGCUGCCUGUCCGCACGCCCUGGGUAUCUCCGCGUGGUUCCGGCAGGAGCAGCACGAGCCGUCCCCGUAUGGCCUGGCGUUCCGGCAGACCCCAACGAUCUGGGAACAUGCUGACGACGUAAACGCCUUGCUGAACAAAGGCAUGGCCGCGGACAGCCGCUUCCUCAUGCCAAUUGUGCUGAGGGAGUGCGGCGAGACGUUUCGUGGGAUCGACUCGUUGGUUGACGUCGGUGGUGGCCAUGGUGGCGCCGCCGCCGCCAUCGCCGCCGCCUUCCCCCACCUCAAGUGCAGCGUGCUUGACCUCCCGCACGUUGUCGCCGGUGCUCCGUCUGAUGGCAACGUGCACUUCGUCGCAGGCAAUAUGUUUGAGAGUAUUCCACCUGCAACCGCUGUUUUCCUCAAGAAAACUCUACAUGACUGGGGUGACGAUGAGUGUGUCAAGAUAUUGAAGAAUUGCAAGCAAGCCAUAUCUCCACGGGAUGCAGGUGGGAAGGUAAUAAUCUUGGACGUGGUAGUUGGAUAUAAACAGUCAAACAUAAAGCAUCAAGAGACACAAGUUAUGUUUGAUUUGUAUAUGAUGGCGGUUAACGGAGUUGAGCGUGAUGAGCAAGAGUGGAAGAAGAUCUUCAUUGAAGCUGGAUUCAAAGACUACAAAAUUCUACCCGUCAUCGGUGACGUAUCAGUCAUCAUCGAGGUCUAUCCUUGAAUGCUUUGUGAACAAAGACCUCCAUAAUAAACUGAAGACCAUGAAGGUGUUGAUAGUAUAUUAUGAUUUUUUAUUUGUAUUGUACACUUGAUUCUUUGAGUAUUUGUAAUGACAAGCUGAGUAAUUGUGUUUUUUUGUUAAUGUGGUCUUAUAGUGCACAUUACACAUGAUGUAUGAUAUGUUACUUGCCCUCAUUUUGGUGUAGAUGUGUGUUGGUCAAGUAGUCGAUAGGCAACUCUAUUAUGCUUGGCAUCAAUAAGACAACAUGGAAGCCUAUGAUUUGUUGUGUCAUGGCAACAAGG